AAGGCCAGGUGCCCUCCUCCAGCUGGCACCAUGCAGCUCUCUCUCGCCCUGUGUCUCGUCUGCCUGCUGGUGCACUCAGCCUUCCGUGCGGUGGAGGCCCAGGGGUGGCCGGCCUUCAAGAACGAUGCCACGGAAAUCAUCCCGGAGCUGGGCGAGUACCCCGAGCCCCCGCCAGAGCUGGAGAACAACAAGACCAUGAACCGGGCUGAGAACGGAGGGAGGCCUCCCCACCACCCCUUUGAGACCAAAGACGUGUCCGAAUACAGCUGCCACGAGCUGCACUUCACCCGCUACGUGACCGACGGG